AUGGCAGAGAGAAGGCGUAGCCAGAGCUGUAAACCUAAGAAACAGAGCACAUCCCGCUCCACAAGAGCUGAGCUGCAGUUCCCCAUUAGCCGUGUGGAACGCUUCCUGCGUGAUGGCAACUACUCCCAGCGGCUGAGCUCAUCCACACCGGUGUUCCUUACUGGCGUCCUGGAGUACCUGACUUCUAACAUCCUGGAUCUGGCUGGCAAGGAGGCACACAACAAGGGCAAAAAGCGGAUCACACCUGAACACAUCCAGAAGGUGGUUCAAGACAACCAGCAGCUCCAACAACUGUUUGAAGAUGACACCAAGACUCUGAUUGCUGAGGUGCCUGAAGUCAUGGAGAACUGA